AUGUCUUCUUUAGCUGCUCUUAACAAUGGUUUAAAAAUGCCAAUGGUCGGUUUAGGUUGUUGGAAAAUUCCUAAUACUGUUUGUGCUGAACAAGUUUAUCAAGCUAUUAAAUUAGGUUACCGUUUAUUUGAUGGUGCUGAAGAUUAUGGUAAUGAAAAAGAGGUUGGUCAAGGUAUCCGUAGAGCCAUUGAUGAAAAAAUCGUCAAAAGAUCUGAUCUGUUCAUCGUUUCCAAAUUAUGGAACACUUACCAUCACCCAGAUCAUGUUAAGUUGGCUGUUAAAAAGACUUUAUCCGAUUUAGGUUUGGAUUAUUUAGAUUUAUAUUAUAUCCAUUUCCCAUUAGCAUUCAAAUUUGUUCCAAUUGAAGAAAAAUACCCACCCGGAUUUUACACCGGUAAAGAAGAUGCUGCACAAGGCAAGAUCAGUUUGCAAAAAGUUCCUUACUUGGAUACUUACCAUGCAAUGGAAGCUUUAGUCGAAGAAGGAUUGAUCAAAUCUAUUGGUGUUUCCAACUUACAAGGUGGUUUAUUACAAGACGUUUUAAUGGGUUGCAAGAUUAAACCUGUUACUUUACAAAUUGAACAUCAUCCAUAUUUGACUCAAUCACGUUUAGUUGAUUAUUGUAAACGUGAACAAAUCAUAGUGGUAGCAUAUUCUUCAUUCGGUCAACAAUCUUAUUUGGAAUUGGGUUCCGAAUUAAAGGAAGACACUCCAAACUUGUUUGAUCAUCCAGUUAUCAAGAGAAUUGCUUCCAAAUACAAUGUUACUACUAGUGAAGUUUUAUUAAGAUGGGCUAAUCAAAAUGGUGUUGCUGUAAUUCCAAAAUCUUCCAAGAAGGAAAGAUUAUUGAUGAAUUUAAAUAUUGAAUCCACUCUUACUUUAUCAAAUGAAGAAUUGGUUGAAAUUUCAAACAUUAACAGAAAUAUUCGUUUCAAUGAUACUUGGGGUUGGAACAAUAUGGGAUUCCCUACUUUUGCUUAA